UUUGUUUUGCUUCUGUCAGCUGUUUAUGUGAUUUCUUGGCUAUAAUAAUUAUUUUGUAAUUGCUCUUUAAUUGUGCCUGAUUACAAUUCUGUGGAAAUGGGGGGAUGUCGUUGCAGUUACAAAAACUGUAAAAGGUCAACCAAUAAUUCUGAAAAAAAUUUUCAUUUUUUUCAUUACCCUUCUAAGGAUUAUGAACGGUCCUUGAAAUGGAUUGCAAACGCCCGCAAACCCCUAUUCCUCGAUUUGCCAAAGGAUCAGCUACGAAAUAAAGUUGUAUGUCAGAAUCACUUUGAACCGCAUUAUUUUACAAAUGUAAGUAAAAAAAGACUAAUUCAGGCUGCGGUACCUACAUUGGACGUGGGGUGUACUGACGAACCGCAAGCGGUCAAAGUGACAGUGUUACAGGCUGAUGAGAAAGGUACUGUAUUUACCGUUGACACAGAACCAAUCAAUGUGCGCGAUGUGAACCAGGUUAGAUCAUUCCUGAUUGCUAAUGGCGAUAUAGUUCCGGCUAGUGCCGCACUAGAAGGACAAAAUGAAACACAGAUACGUGACCAAUCGGAACUGUAUAGUAAUUCCUAUAAUGACCUUAAAGUGGAAGACCAAAUGGAAGUUGUACAAGAAACUUUUGUGAAAACUGAAUUGGACAACAACAACGAUCAGUAUGAUAUACCAGAAUUAACCAGCAUUCCUUUGCGUAAUGGUGGUCCAAAAACUGUCAGAGUGCCUGCAAGCCCACCACCUGUGCCCAACACUUCUGCACCUGUACCAAAUGCAGCUCUUUUGAAAAAGAAGUUGAACACAAUCUUACCUGAAAAAAACCUAAGCACGAUCAGUGUUUCACCUCCACCUCCACCACCCACAUUCACACCUGUGCUGAUCAAAGAGGUUUUACCAAAUUCACUCCCUCUAAAAAAGAAAUUACCCACAACCUCAUCUGAAGAGAAGCCAAAAGAAGUCUCUCCAAAUAUAUCCAGCAUAUCCAAGACCGUAGAAAAACACACCAAGGAAAUCAUGAAUUUGAAGAAAAUUCUGCGAUCAAGAAUACAUAAAACAAAACGUACGAAAAUGGACCUUUUAAGUAAAUUACGUACCCUAAUUCCCUCGACAUUGUGCGCUGCAGUAAGUUUACAUCUGUUUAAAAAAGAGGAAAAUUUUACGCAUGGCGAAAAACAAUUUUUAAGAGCCUUACAUGAGUCGUCACCAACAGUGAUAGAUGUGCUUAACGAUCGUCUUAAGUGGAAAUUGCCUAGGUCUGAUGUAGUUAGGAAUAUGUUAUUAAAUCGGAAUAAACUGAGAUAAUUUUUUAAUCGAUUUAACAGGCGUUCAAUAAUUGUUCUUAUGCCUAUUAGUUGACUCUUUCUACUAUGAAGCUAGGGCUGUUGAUAAAUUCAUAUUGUUUGAUAUCAACUAAAACUAAAACCCGUAUGAACAAAAACCUUGGUAAGUUUUGGAAAAAAAAAUAGUUUUAAUUUGUAAAAGUACACAGGAAUUCGAAAAGUAUAUGUUGAAAGGUGGAAGGUAAUAAUUUUUGCAGUGAUAAGGCAUACAUUUUUUUGUGAUAAUUGCCUGCGAUCUGAUCAGAACAAUUAUUAUUAUUAACGCCCGUUAUUUCACUUAUGUAUGAUUUAUUUCUAAAUGAAUUAGCUAGUUCACUGUUUUAUUUUGUGGUAACUGAUUUUUUAAUUCUUGGAAACACAUCAUGUUAAAGCGAUUGUUAAAGUUCUUCUCUGCAUUUGGUAAUGCAGAAAUCGAUAACAGGGUUGUUUUUUUGAAUUUAUUGCUGUGGUUGCACUUGUCAUUAAAAUAUAGCACUUUUAAUUGGGAAAGCUAGUGCAAUUUGUAUAUGAUCUUGAACAAUCUAACAUAAAAUUUGCUAUACCAGUUUUCCCAAUCAAAAACGUUAUUAGUAAUUGUCUUCCACUUUAAUGGCCAUUGUGCCAUGUGUUAUGUAUUUGCUUUUUUAUUUUUACAAUUCAGAUUUUUUUGUUUAUUUUAUCAUUUUUAUUGUAUACCUAUAUAAUUUUAAAUUUUACUUUAAAUAAUUGAUUAUUGUAUAAUUUUUCUUUUUUAAUAAUUGAUACUUUUCUCUUUAAAUAUUAAGAUAUUGUAUAUACCUACGUACUAUUUU